AUUAUCACUGGGUAGUAGUAGUAGUAGUAUUUACACGUACACAUAUAUGUACUCACACAUACAAACACAAUAAGCACACAUGCACCACACACAUUCACACACACAUGCACACAGAUUCAGGCAUACUUACCAAUACAGGAGAAUAAAAUACACAAUAUCAAUGUAGAAAGGUUUAUAUUGCAACUGUGAAAAAUGAUAUCAGACAAUGCAGACUCACAAUAAUAUGAUAUAGAAGUUGUAAAAAUUCAUCCAUCUCAGACAGCGCUAAGGAAUUAUAGAUUAUUUCUAUUAUUAUUAUUAUUAUUCUGUAAUGAUUAAACUUCGUGUAGCAUUGCCUACAUUCAGUUGUAUUGAACAAUUCACUAUAGCUGUGUUGAAUUUCAAAGGACCAGCAAGAAGUAUCACUUAUGAUAGUUUAAUCAGUAAACUGUGCGAUUUUACAAAAACAAAAAAGGGGAAAUUUUAUGUUUCAUGGCAUGAUGGAACAGAAUACUGUACAAUAUCAACUUCAGAUAGUCUACGAGAAGCUAUUGUUACAAUGAUCUACGAUCGUGAGGAUAAAACACCCUUGUUAUUCGCUUCACCUGUAUUUCAGUUAACCGAAACUAAACUGCCUUCCUUCUAUGGUGGAUGUAGACCAGAAAAUCUACCGAAAGAUUUCAGAGAUCGUGCCGCUAAAGCAGAAUUCUCUAAAGAUACUGAUUAUACACAACCGGAAUUUCCUAUUGCUCUGCAAAUGAUAUGCAGUGUGUGCAAGACGAAAGAUUGGCAAGGUGAUCGAUAUACAUGUGUCAUCUGUCCACGAAUUGUAUUAUGCCCUACCUGCUUUAAAAAUAAUAAACACUCACAACAUCCUGUACUGAUUACUAGACGGAAUACUGAAUUCCCUUGUCAGGUAUUACAAGCAGUGAAAAUUUUAGCUUCUGAUGUCAACGUGGAGGAUUCCGAAGAUUCUGCUGUGGAAGAGGAAGAAGAAGAAGAUGGAGAAGGAGGUGAAGAAGUAGAAGUAGUAGAAGAAGAAGAAGAUAAUGACACUGAAGAACGGUGGAAUACAUCCACUUCGAGAACAUCAUCAUCAUCCGUUGUCACAGACGCCUCUGGCGAAGUCUAUAAAGUGUUGUUUACACUUCGUGAGAUGGGUUUUAAGCAAAGGAGUAGUGAAUUGACUGAAUUAAUUUUGAAAGAGCGCGGUAAUUUACAGACAAUAGUUGAAAAGUUAACAGAUUGAAAGCAGAAUCUCACAGAUAUCUACAAUGACACAAAAAAAAACAAUUUUCUUUUUCACUCCUUUUUUCAAAAAUCACUGUGUAUAUAUAAAACGUUCUGCAU